AUGCAACUAUUUCUCACCUGCUCGCUGGUAAUCCUCUCAUCGACUUGUAAUUGCUCGGAGAACCCAAGGCACAAUGAGGCUUCAAGGGAUAAUUCGGAUAUCUGGCUUGUCAUCAUUCUAUGCUUCCUUUUCUGUUUCGCGUUGAGACACGCCAAUGAUUUCUACCAUGGUGAAACGGUAACCCUAGUUAAAGAAGGAGAGUACGGACGUCGGUUUUGUCGGCGAGUUCGCAAUAAGCAUCUACAACAAAUUGAGAACGAUUUCAAUGAUAUGUUCCAAAAAUUGUGCGAGAAGCAGGACAAGGAGCUGGACGAGGAAGGCUGCAGCGGAUAUUACGAAGAGAAACGAGGAACUAGACUAUAUAAUUAA